AAAAAAAAAAAAAUGAGAAAAACCUCCCAUGGGGAUCUCCGUUAGCCUGGCUGGUUAGUUCCUGGUUGAAACAAAGAGUUCCCCUACAGCUACCUCGUUAAUGUCGCCACCUCCCACCUGCCUCACUCUUUUAUUAUUUAAUUUAACAUAAAAUUCAUUUCAAUUUCUCUCUUCUUCAACCCCUAAUUCUCUCUCAUUCUCAUUCAUUCUUUCUUUCCAUUCAAUUCAAACUUUCGACAAUGGCUUCUACUACCACUACUUGUUUGGCCAAUUCAGUUUUAUCUUUGAAAUCUCAACGACCAAACGCUUUGUCUCUUCCAAAAUCCAAUCUUCAAUUUUUCCAAUUCAAGAAGAACAACAAUAACACCGCUCGUUUCACCACAUUUUGUUCUCUGGAGGCUAAAGAUCCUAAACAAGAUACUCCUAUUGAACUAAGAUACGAGGCGUUUCCCACAGUUAUGGACAUUAACCAGAUUCGUGAGAUUUUGCCUCACAGGUUUCCAUUUCUUUUAGUGGAUAGAGUUAUUGAAUACAAUCCUGGAGUUUCAGCUGUGGGUAUCAAGAAUGUUACCAUCAAUGAUAACUUUUUUCCUGGACAUUUUCCUGAAAGGCCUAUUAUGCCUGGUGUUCUCAUGAUUGAGGCAAUGGCUCAGGUUGGUGGUUUGGUUAUGCUGCAACCAGAUGUGGGAGGCUCUCGUGACAAUUUUGUCUUUGCUGGAGUUGAUAAAGUAAGAUUCCGGAAACCAGUAAUUGCAGGUGACACUUUGGUUAUGAGAAUGAAUCUUGUGAAGCUACAGAAACGCUUCGGCAUCGCAAAGAUGGAAGGCAAAGCUUAUGUGGGAGGUGAAGUGGUGUGCGAGGGCGAAUUUUUGAUGGCUGCUGCUUUUAAUUAAUUUACUCUUUUUU